AAAUAGAGGAGUGAGAGACCAGCACGCCCUUUUCGACCGAAUUAGGGUUCUAUCCUUCACGAUAUUUUGCAAUCUCCUGAAAGAAGAUGGAUUCUCAUGCUCGCUGCUGCCAAAGUAGUUCUGAUGGUCGGUAAUGCAUUGUUUUGACAUUUUCCAGGAAAAAUGCCUCGGUAUGAUGAUCGCCAUGGUAGUACACGCCUCUUUGUCGGUCGCUUGUCUUCUCGGACUCGAUCACGAGAUUUAGAGGACCUCUUUAGCAGAUAUGGAAGAGUACGUAAUGUGGAUAUGAAGCGCGACUAUGCCUUUGUGGAAUUUAGUGAUCCUCGAGAUGCUGAUGAUGCAAGAUAUGGGUUAAAUGGUCGCGAACUAGAUGGAAGUCGCAUCACUGUGGAAUUUGCAAAGGGAGUGCCGCGUGGUUCUGGUGGAUCUCGUGAAUAUCUUGGCAGAGGUCCUCCUCCAGGAACGGGGCGUUGCUUCAAUUGUGGAAUUGAUGGCCACUGGGCCCGAGAUUGCAAGGCUGGGGACUGGAAAAACAAGUGUUACCGGUGUGGGGAUCGAGGCCAUAUAGAAAAGAAUUGCCAAAACAGCCCCAAGAAACUUAGACGUGGACGGAGUGACUCCCGCUCUCCAUCGCCUAGACGUGGCAGAAGCCGUAGCCGUAGUUUCAGCAGGAGUCGUAGCUACAGUCGAUCCAGGUCACCCCCGAAGAGGGAGCGGAGGGUUGAGUGCGCUGAUAGACGAUCUAGGAGCCCCAAGCGGAGCAAGGAUUCAUCACCACCACCAGCCAAAGGGAGGAAGCGCAGCCCAAAUCCUGAUGAGAGAAGCCCACGAGAGAGAGGCAGCCCAUCCCCGAGGGAUCGUGCACAGGGCAACGGGUCAGAAUACAGUGGGAGCCCUAAGGCGAGGAGCAGGAGCCCUAUGGAGGAUGAUGGUGGAAGAGAGAGCCCACUGAGGGACAGCCCAAUCGAAGAAAAUGGACAGAGUCUUAGCCCUAGCCCCAUUGCCAAGAAUCGUAGGAGCAGCCCAGAUGAUGAUGAAGAUAACAAUGGGUCUCUACGGGGCAGCGAAUCUGCUUAAAAAAUGCUGCAAUCUGUCACAUUAAAAGUGAGACCUGUGCUUGAAAGUUGUAUGAUCUUGGAUACCUAUGCUUUAUUUUGACCUUACAAUUACUCUUUAUGAUUGAGUUGUUUUAAGUAAUUUAUUAGUUGUUUUAAGUAAUUUAUUUUGGAUAUUCUUUUUUCCAAUGAAAUGGAGAAUAUCUCUGUGGUAUUCUCGUUUAACUGUU